AUGGCGCUCGCAGACGUCGAAGUAUUCGAAGACGCAUUUCCCCUGAUUCGUAGCUGUCCAACCCUCAACGAGAUUCGCACUUCGGGAGAAUUGAAAGAGCUCGUCAUAGAGGUAGCUGUCUUUUCUGUUACCGUCCUUUACACGAAAAUUUGUUCGUGUUUGUUAGGUGAAGCACGGCACUAUCCUCAAUGCCCAUCGAAUAAUACUAGCAGCUCGCAUUCCGUCAUUGCGAGCUGCUCUCAGUGGCGCCCUCGGGAAGGAUAAUUCAGUGCUAAAAUGGCCGACGGUGCCUCUGAGGUAAAAUCAUCCUUCUUUCUCGGAUUUUGCUUUUGCACUUUCUAGCCUCGCAAAUUCACUCCUCCAGUAUGUGUACACCGGGCAGUUGGAGGUGACCCAAGCUAAUGCGAUGGGCAUAGUGAUGUUUGCCAAAAUGAUGAGACUGUCUGAUCUGGAGAAUUGGGGAGUGCAAUUCAUGUCCAAUAGGUAAGCAAGUGCCGGUUCUUUCUGUCUAACCGUCGGCUGUAAAGAGUGAAUUUAGAAAAUCUGGCAAGCACAUGGGGCUUUGCCAAAUCUAUGCGCAUGGGCUCACUGAUGGAGACUUGCAUCAAUCUGAUGCAAGCGCAGUUUAGGAGUUUCGUCUCGUCUGACCUCUUUAUUCGUCUGCCAGCUGACACCGUGCUGGCGUUGUUGCGAAACGACAAUCUGUCAGUGGACUCCGAGGAGGCUGUUUUUGAGGCGAUUUCAAGUUGGGUGGGUGCCGGUGAUAAAGAUUGCGAUAAUGAGAGACUGAGAUUGCACGCCCCCGAGAUGUUAAAGGAGGUUCGUUGGUGUCAGACGACUCUCCAAUUUCGCAAUCGCCUUGUCGAUAGUCAUCCGAUUUUCCAGGAUAGCAACAGCUGCCUGUAAGUAUAUGCUCUUCCAGUUCGUCAUUUAUUUUCUAAUGAAAGUCGCCUUAUGGCUCUGGUGGAGCAGUGGAUUAGCAACGCAGACAAGGACAAGCCUCCGUGUCCCUUCAACCGACGUUGGAGGCCGCCUCAGAUGAUCUUCGUAUUUGGAAAGGACAAAGAUCAGGACAGGUGGUCUGUCCUGCGUUUCGAUCCGCAGAUGGAAAAGGAAGAGAGGAUUGCCGACAUGCAGAAGCGUGAAUGGGCCUCCUACAGUGUCGUGGGCGGUGAGUUGCCUGACAGUUACGCACCGCCUCUUCUGCGCACCUGCCUUGUUUUCCUCUUUGUCUAAUUUGACCAGUUGGUGUCUCUUUUUGGCAGAAUUAUAACAAACACACACGCAGUCCUGCCAGUAAAGCUGCCAUCGCCGCACAAUGCAUAGGAUUGCAGUAGUAGUAGCAGUAGUAGUAGUAGUAGUAGUAGUAGUAGUAGUAGUAGUAGUAGUAGUAGUAGUAGUAGUAGUAGUAGUAGUAGUAGUAGUAGUAGUAGUAGUAGUAGUAGUAGUAGUAGUAGUAGUAGUAGUAGUAGUAGUAGUAGUAGUAGUAGUAGUACUAGUAGUAGUACUAGUAGUAGUAGUAGUAGUAGUAGUAAUUGAGGGGUUUUGAGGUGUCCGAGUUGUCCAUUCGCCUGGCCUGUCCCGACGCGCGUUAGUUUUUUUCCGUCUUCACUUUACCCAACCGUGUCUCCACCUGCGUGAUUUGUGUCCGUCACUGGCGGCCACUCAACUGGGAGAUUUGUCCGCCCACGUAUUUUUGUCCGACGAUGAUAUUCGCCCUCUUUCUGUCAACAAAAUGCCUUUUUUAUUUUAUCUUUCCACUUUAACUUUCUUCCGCACAAUUUUAUGAAACUUUUUUCCAUCCCACCCCACCCCCACUGAAGAGAGCAUUUUCGUGGUUGGAGGAAACACUGUGCAGGGGAGGUUCUCCACGAGUGUCGAGGAGUUUCUGGUGGCAGAACGGCGCUGGCGCAAACGGGCGUCCCUCGCCGUUGGACGCGACGGGCACGCUGCCGCAGUCGUGACGGAAGCCGGAGGGGAGACGCUUAUCGGCGUUUUCGGUGGAUACGGUAACGGUGGAUACCUCUCCUCUUGUGAAGUCUAUGAAGUCGGUCGGGACAGGUGAGAGCACACUCGUCCUGUCGCCUCCUUUUUUUCUUGCAAAAUCUUCCUGUUUUGCCUCCUCACUCCUCUCCUCCUCCUCCCCAACACACACAGGUGGUUCAAACUGCCCGAUAUGCAAGAGAAGAGGAACGCCACGGCGGCUGCCUGCCUGCCCGGCGACAGUCGAAUCUUCGUUUUUGGCGGCUCCUCCCCGCUGGCUUCUGUGGAGUUCUGCCACCUGCGAGCGGACUGGCGAGAGAGGGCGACCUCCUCGGACUUUUGGCAGCCAGCCGCACCCAUGAGAACUGCACGAAGCGCGCUGGCAGCGACACACUUUCGGGGGAAAAUCAUUGUCGCCGGGGGAUAUGGUGUUGGUGGAAAGAGUCUAAACGUGGUGGAGAUGUUCACACCGCCAGAUGCCAGGUGUCCCCAGGGCCAGUGGACAGAGUUGACUGGCAUGAAGGAACCCCGCGCGUUUUUCGCUCUUCUCACCUCCACCGACGACGCCAUCUUUGCUCUCGGUAAUGAUGCCUCCUCCUUCACUGACUGCAUUCCUUCUCCAAUCUCCUCUUUUUCAUGCCAUCCCAUGUCCCUUUCUGCGUACUCUCUUUUUCUGAGGAAGAUUAAGACAUCCCUAGUGAUGGCAAGCAUGUGA